UUCCAUGGUGACGACAAACAAGGCCCAUACUGGAGGGGGCCGCUGCUGGGCUGCUACUCCCGCCGCCGCCGCCAUGAUUCCCCCCGCAGACUCUUUGCUCAAGUACGACACCCCGGUGCUGGUGAGCCGGAACACGGAGAAACGGAGCCCCAAGGCUCGGGCACUGAAAGUCAGCCCCCAGCAGCCUGGACCCUCAGGUCCAGUCCCACAGCCACCCAAGACCAAGCUCCCCGCAACUUCUUGUGUCCCAGAUCCUACAAAGCAGGCAGAAGAAAUCUUGAAUGCCAUCCUACCCCCGAGGGAGUGGGUGGAAGACACGCAGCUAUGGAUCCAGCAGGUGUCCAGCACCCCCAGCACCAGGAUGGAUGUGGUGCACCUCCAGGAACAGUUAGACUUAAAGCUGCAGCAGCGGCAGGCCAGGGAAACAGGCAUCUGCCCUGUCCGCAGGGAACUCUACUCACAGUGUUUUGAUGAGUUGAUCCGGGAGGUCACCAUCAACUGUGCGGAGAGGGGGCUGCUGCUGCUGCGCGUCCGGGAUGAGAUCCGCAUGACCAUCGCUGCCUACCAGACCUUGUACGAGAGCAGCGUGGCGUUUGGCAUGAGGAAGGCACUGCAGGCCGAGCAGGGGAAGGCAGACAUGGAGAGGAAAAUUGCAGAAUUGGAGACAGAAAAGAGAGACCUGGAGAGGCAAGUGAACGAGCAGAAGGCAAAAUGUGAAGCCACCGAGAAGCGGGAGAGCGAGAGGCGGCAGGUGGAGGAGAAGAAGCACAAUGAGGAGAUCCAGUUCCUGAAGCGGACAAAUCAGCAGCUGAAGGCCCAACUGGAAGGCAUUAUUGCACCAAAGAAGUGAUAGAUUCCACAUGGGUCUACCCCAUCAUAAGCCCUUUGUAAUAAAAAGCUCGUUUCCUGAGUGAACAAGCCAUGCCCUCCCCUAACCACCUAGGUGUUUGUCAGAAGUCACACCAUUGCUCCCAUGUCAUCAAAGACGGAAGGCCUGCAGGCCAGUCUCCUGGCUGGGCAGUGGAAGACAGUGUGGCCCUGUUAGUCUCAGGGUGUGGCUUGCCAGCCAGCCUUGGGAUCUGCCAGCUCAGAUUGUAAGAAAGACACUGCUUUCUCAUCAUCAUUCUAUACCACCACUUAUUUCUGACCAGAUGAAGCGGCUGCUCUGCCCCUCAAACGUUUGGUUCACAGUUCAUCUUCUGCCUUAACCUGGGCUUCUGGCCUUAUUUAAUGUCUCUUUAUCCCCACUCGAAUGCAUUUCUAUUAACUCAUUUUGGAGCUCUGGUUUUUCUGCUGUACUGUAUUACCCCCACUUGCCAGUCAACUGGACCCCUUCCUCCUCAGUUUCAGACUGCCUAGGUUAGUAAAUGUUUGCCAGAAAGGAACACCAGUCAUAAUGGCCUUUGUGAACUGUCUGCAACGAGCUCUUCCCCCAGCACAGAUCUGUUCACUUUAUCCUGCAGAAAACCAGCCCCUGACUCUGCACUCCCCUAAGUAGUUAUGUUGAUUCAUAACUGAAGAGGGAAUCAAAUCUCACAUGCAGGUCUAAUGACUAAUGAUUGGACUAUGGCCGCUAGCCAACUGCAUUUUAGUAUCUCUCUUCCACUCUCCUGGAUUUGUAGACCCAGAUCGAAUGAGUGACAUAAAUCUCAAGUUCAGGACAGGCCAGGGUAGGCUAGGAUGGUAAGCGGGAGGACUUUCAUCCUUCAGUCAGGCUGCACAAGUAACAUUACGUAGAAGGCACGAACAUUCUCAGGUUCCCGGAGAGGUGUGAGAAGGGGCUCUCCUUAGCAGAGCUUCCAUCUGCCAUCCAUCUUGGGUCCAGUGAGCGUCAAGACUCACUGUUGUCCCCCAGAAAUCCUGUGUUCCCCAAGCUGUACACACCACACACAGUCAUCUGGAAUCUAAGGGCAGCUUUUACCCUGAUCCAGUAUCCUGAGGAAUUAUAAGGCUCCACUCGAAUGACCUGCCCGUGUUGUCAUUUCCAUGGGAAAUAACUCUUUUCGCAAGAUCUGCUAGUUCCAGGAUUCUACAACAGGAAUGUACGUGCCCUACGUGGGUCCACUUCACAGACUCAGUGAGGAACAGAAGUUACUGUAGUUUUUUUUUUUUUUUUUGAGAUGGAGUCUCAUUCUG